AUGUUUUUUCUGGUUAGGAGGGUGUUUCCUUGUGAAAGUGAGAGCGCUCGCGGGGAAAGCAGACGCAGACACGCAGGCGCUUUCGUUUUCGACCGCAUAUUGACGGAGGAGGAGGAGGAGCGAGAACGUGAGGGGUUCUUUUAGAUGACGAAUCGAAAAUUCAACAAAUUUUGAGCGUUGUCACAACAGCGAAAUGAAAACAUGGGAACUUUAAACCGCAUAUGGGGACUGAUAUACUUGGGAGGAAAAAUAAUGAUAAAAAAGACACUUUCAAAUAUAAAAAGGGUGGGUUUAAAAAUUUAAAUUAGUUUUGAUUAGGCUAGAUCUUGUUCUACUGUUUUUGUUUUCCAAAUUGAAUGAAAAUGGAAAAAUUCAAGAGGCGGGAGCGAAAUCGGUGCGAGACCUUUCCGGUAUCUGCGAGUUGCGCCUUUAGCCACAGUAGUUGUUUGUUACUUAAAUUUCGGUUUUUCUCUCGCUGCGCUACGCGUAUUUCAUAGCUUCUGCAAAAAUGACACUUUCAGGUAACGAAAAUGGUUGACCGAAAACCUUUUGGAAAUUGGCCUCGGAACAACGCAAAAGCAUGGCCCAGAUUAAAGGAAGUGGUUCCCAUCGGAUUUCCACCACCAGAGGUGCUUUUUUCCUGUGAAAAGAGUAUUUUCUAAACUCUUUUUUCUCGUAACAACAUCUGCAACUGCUUCUUUUUUCAGCCGAAGAUAAAAAAGGGUCUGAACGAGAUGCCGGUGUCAGCACCGGCCGGAAAGAUAACGGAAUGGCUCUCUACAGUUCCUGAUAAGCCCGAGCUGAUGUCUCCUCCGCCAGUGGAGGAAAUCGAAGAAAGUCCCGAGCUGAGGGAACACAAGAAGGCCUACGAUGGAUCGUACGUGCAGGGUCCGGAUACGGGCGUCUCAUCGUUUACGAUUUCAUCAAACAGUGCUAGUCCGUUUGAGCUGAAGCUCGCAGAAGUCACUCAAGAGGUUAUCCAAAUAGAGAAGGAGAAAAAUGAACACGAAAGACUGCUGAAUGAAGCCGGCUGGCCAAAUCCGACUCCCGAGGAGCCGAUCGAUGAGCAACCUUCUCCGAUACUAAAGGAAUUUUCCCGUUUGAGGCCGGAAAAGGAUGUGUGGAAAGCAGCUUCGCAUUCGUACAUGGAAAGAGAACCGUACCCUGUUACCCGAGAGCCUCCCAAACUGCCGAGGCACGUUUUUCCUGUUGCGUGCAAGCCCGUUUCACGUAAUCGGUUGGAGUCUCGACGUUCGGAAAUGGAACGAUUUUCCGCCUGCGAACAACCGAGACGUGUGUUCCCGAUGGCUUCGAAAGGCGCGUUUCCUGAGUCACGACCACUGGAGACUCGAUCUGCAUGCUGGAAAUCUGCUGAUGGAACUGCGCUUCUUCCUCCCCACUUUAAACCAGAAGAACGCGUGAUUCGGGAACCGCCUCAAUCGGCAGUUUUCGAUCUGUCAACUAUUGCUCUGGAACUUGAAAAAGACGACGAAAAACGCGCGAGACUGAUUAUUCCUGAAAACUUGGACGAAAAUGUUGAUGCUGCUAGGACACUGGCGAAUGCGAACAAAAAAUUCAAAAAACGAGAGGGCGAAGAACACAAAAAAGUGAGAGCGAAAGUGGAUGACCUGCUGGAAAUGGAUGACUACGAUUCCGGACUUUCGGGAGAAAUCCGCAGCAUGGACAGCCAUGACAACAAGUUCGAAGCUUCCGAGCUCAUCGAGUAUAGGGAUCACUCGUGGUGCAUUGCAGUUCCGAUUGAAAAGGAGAAAACGCAAGAUAAAGAUAUGCAGCAGGUGAGGUGUUUCGGUAUGUGCAGUAACCACGUUGUUUUUCAGCUUCUAGUAUUCAGUUCGCAGUCGUUCAUCGACCGACUUCUUUUGACUACCGAGCAAGCGAGUGAGGUGAGCAAAACGCUCCUAAUCAAGUACCGGAGAGUGAACGGAAAUGUAGAAGUCGUGCCGGUUUACUCUGCUCAGCCGUCCACCGGUCUCAUCAGUCUCAAGUAUCGACACAAUAAGGGCAUCGAAAUGCGGCUGUACGGGCUAGUCAGUUUUGUCGAUUUCGUCAAAGAUCCGAUGCAUAAUCAAUACCGGACGAUGGUUUGGACGGAUGCUCUUGGCCCGAUUUACCUAACGGCUGCCGAUCGUGCGAACAUCAGACGCAAGUUGAUGAACACUGAAGAGAAGACGUUUGCCCCGUUGAGAAUGUGUCAGAUGACUGUCAAAGGAGAGUUCACUCUGUAAGUUGAUAACUUUAUUAAAUUUCUGAUAGAAUUGAUUAACAGGAGCGUGCCAAACGGAAAUCUGCCGAAAUGGAACGUCGCCUCAUUCCAGCCACUUAUCGAGGAGGGUCCAAAAGAUCCGAAUAUUGGACGCAAUCUGUGGCCAGCUAGAGUUCUCAGAUUCGAUGAUUUGAUUUUGGAUAAACCAGUAAUAAUUCUUCGAUUCCCAUUCUGUUUGCUAUCCGACACUUUCAGCGUGGCAAGGAGACAUGGCUCAAAUCGUACUCGGACAGGAAGGUCAUUGUUUUCGCAGGCGCUCAUCUGCAUGGUGUGCUCAACUCCGCCGGUCCCGCGUACACGGAGCAUGGCGUCAUGAUGGGAUUCGUUGUGCCAGUCUUCAUUCGUAAUAGAUUUGCCUAUUACGAAGCUCUCGUGGUCGGACCGCCACGUGUCCUGAUGGUCUUGACGGAGGGACGCUACCUGAAUUAUACUCCGAAGACUUGGCCUCCGUCCGUGGAGACGAUGCGCAAGGAGUAUCAGAGAGAACAUGAGGUAGAUGACGUCAAUCUAGACUAAAAGUAACACAAAUUUUAAGGAAAAAAGGCUCGCUCGUGAAGAACCGCGAUGGACGACUGGACCGCGAAGCACUUCUCCACUGAAAUCGAUCAUGGGCUUCAAUGAAUUCCACUUCGAUCUCCAGAAUUAG